CCCCCACUGCAAUCCAACGAGGCUUCUCCGCCGCCGAGAGCCGCCGGCCGCUUCCACACGACCCAUCGCCCCCAUUUUUCCCCCUCCGAGGGAACCACCCAUCGGCUGAUAUUUUUUUUCUCUCCCUUCCUCUCCCUCCCCCUAUCUCGCUUUCCCACUCUCUCGCUCUCUCUUUUGACAUCAAAUCGAGGAAUCUGCUGCCAUGCUGCGCGCGUCUCUUCACCUGCGCCACCACCACCACCACCACCACCAUCAUUAUUAUUAUCAUUAGUAGCUUGUGAUCGACACAAGAUCACCCAUUUCCCCCGGCCAGUCCCCUUUGCAUUUUUUUCUUUGGGGGGGUGGGGGGGGGGGUGUCCGAGCGAGACUACGACGGGAUGCGUCCUGGUGCAAUGAUGCUGCUCCUGGUCCUUCUGGGCAACUUGAUGCCGCCCUUGGUGACGGCUCAAAACGCUGGCUUCGUGAAGGUGCCGAUGUCUGAGACCAAGCUUACGGGAGACACCUUUGAGCUGUACUGCGAAGUACUCGGUAAUCCCACCCCGGAGAUCCAGUGGUGGUAUUCCGAGAUCAACCGAGCAGACUCCUUCAAGCAGCUGUGGGACGGGGCCCGCAAGCGCAGAGUGUCCAUCAACACGGCGUACGGGGCCAAUGCUGUCAGUGUGUUGGGUAUCACACGCCUCACACUGGAAGACUCUGGGACCUACGAGUGCCGGGCAAGCAAUGACCCCAGGCGGAAUGACCUGCGACAAAACCCCGCCAUCACCUGGAUUCGAGCCCAGGCCACCAUUUCGGUGCUACAGAAACCAAAGAUCAAUGCCUCUGAUCAGGUUAUCCUGCCGGCGGACUCCCCUGGUGCACCAGUUACUCUACGUUGCAAUCUCACCACUGCCCACACCCGCCACACAGAGAGCUUCUGGAUGAAGAAUGGACGAGAGAUUGCCAACACGCGGACCGAGCAGAAUAUCACUUCUUACAGAAUUGGUAAACCACGGGCAGAUGAUUCUGGCGAAUAUAUGUGUGUAUACACAUUUAAAAUGGCUCCAAAUGCAAAUGCUACAAUUGAAGUAAAAGCAAAACCUGUCAUCACUGGCCACAAACGAAGUGAAAAUAAAAACGAGGGGGAAAACGCAAUGCUUUACUGCAAGUCAGUUGGGUAUCCACAUCCCACCUGGACAUGGCGUAAACUGGAAGGGACUUCCGCCACAGACAUUGAUAACUCCACCGGCCGCUUCUUCAUAACCAGUCAAGACAACUACACGGAGCUGAACAUCCUCAACUUGGAUAUAAAUACAGAUCCAGGGAACUACGAGUGCAACGCGACCAACGCUAUCGGAACCACCGCCGAAAUCACGAUUCUGCGGGUGAGAAGCCAUCUGGCGCCACUCUGGCCCUUCCUGGGAGUGCUCGCAGAAAUCAUCAUCCUCGUAGUCAUCAUCGUCGUGUAUGAGAAACGCAAGCGGCCAGAUGACAUCAUUGAUGAUGAUGAGCCAGUUGGACCGAUGAAAACCAUUUCCACAAACAACCACAAAGACAAAAACGUCCGCCAAAGGAACACAAAAUGAGAUGGUAAAACUGCAGUUUUUUCGGGGGGGAGCUACACAGUGGCAUCUGAGUUGCAGGCUAUCUUGAGGAAGAAAAAAAAAAGAAUAAAA